UUCUUCGCCUGUGGAGGGCAGCAAUGUGCUGAUCGCCGUACUUUGACCGUCGUGUCGUAGAUAUCAAAUAAGAAGGAAAUAUUACCCAGUCCAGAUGCGCAUCCACGAGAAAAUGAACGAAUCACUCGUGGCUCCCGGAUCAUACUAAAGAAUUCGUUCAAAAUGAACGUUUCGUUCACCGACGCGGCAACGACACAAAUCUAACAAUAAUUGCAGCUGUGUCAGAGUAAACAAGCUAUGUGGCUAUCUUUGUAAUGUUGCCGUUUGUUAGUUUCUGACCACACGUGCCACUUUUUGUGACUGGAUAGCAAACUAGAGGCAAACUAUUUAGCUAGUCUAGAAUCAAUCUAUAUGAUAUGCUUAAACAGUUGUUGGUAGACAGCUAUUUCAAUCAAUACUUUUGGUUGACGUCUACACAGGCGUGGCGUAUAAUGGGCUCACUCAGUCUUCGACCUGAAAGCGAGUGGCUUCCUUAUACCUUUUAAACUUUAACCUAUCUCAAAGUAAUAGUCAUAAACAGUUGUCAAUCGAAGAUUUACAGUAGUAAAGCUAGUCAAUCUUCCUCCAAUUCGACAUUAAUUCUAUGUUUGUGGUUAAUGGAAGUGGGUACCGUAAUACGGAAACCUACUGAAGUUUUCGAAAAACGAAACUCAUGCAUGGCAAAUUUCUCUGGAUAUCGUUAACCUCCUCCAUUGUAGUCUACUACUUGAUAGUGUACACAUUCCAACCACAGUCUGCACGUUUACAGCCAAAUCAACCACAAGCCAAAGCUAUGUCAAACAAGAUCUCCCUGGAAGAAAGAUAUGAGGCCUGCAUGGUUCUCAGUGGAGUAGGGGAUGCUUUGGCUUACAACCACGGGGACUGGGAGUUUGAGCGGAAUGGCAAGGUCAUCCAUGCCGAGGUGAAGAAGAAAGGAGGUAUUGCCAAACUGGACGCCAAGCACUUCCCUGUCAGUGAUGACACUGUGAUGCACCUGGCCACGGCCGAGGCUCUGGUGGAGGCAGGGGAAGGAGCCACUCUCCCUCAGGUGUACCUCACCUUUGUGAGAGAGUACAUCAAGAGCAUGACAGAUAUGGAAGGGAGAGCCGCUGGUUUGACCUGCAUGUCAAUGAUGGACACACACAACAAAAGGAAUGACCAGGACUGGAAGGUACCAUUCAACCGGAAGGGGGGUGGGUGUGGGGCGGCCAUGCGAGCCAUGUGUAUCGGCUUGCGCUUCCCCCACCCCGAGCAGGAGGACCUGUUGAUCAACCUGAGCGUGGAGAGCGGCCGUCUGACUCACCAUCACCCCACCGGAUACCUGGGCGCCCUGGCCGCAGCCCUGUUCACAGCCUACGCGGUGAGGGGCAGCCCCCCUGUGGAAGCCUGGGGUCAUGGGCUCAUGGAGGUCCUGGAGAAGGCCAAGCAGUAUGUGAAGGACGCAGGCCACUGUGUAGAGGAGAACCUCGUGCACUGGAACUACUUUGAGGAGUCCUGGAGGAAGUACCUGGAGAUGCGCAACAUCCUGGACGGUAAGAGUCAGCCCCGCUUUCCAGAUGUGUACGGCAUCCAGGAGAGAGAGGAGUUCUACAAGUCGUUGAGCUUCCAGGGUACUGGGGGUGCCAGCGGGCAUGAUGCCCCCAUGAUCGCCUACGAUGCCCUGCUGCGGGCCGGGGAGUCCUGGGUGGAACUGGCCAACCACGGCUUCUUCCAUGGCGGUGACAGUGACUCGACGGGUGUCAUCGUGGCUGCGUGGUGGGGGGCCCUGUAUGCAUACACAGGGGUGCCAAAGGUGAACUACAAAGGGUUGGAGUACCGAGCCAGACUGGCAGGAGUGGCAAAGCAGCUUUACGAGCUCAGGGAAAAACCCCUGCUUAUGAAGUAAAUGGAAAUGUUAUUCACGUAUAAAGCUGCAUUAUGGCGCAAAUAAUCAAAUGCUCUGAACGUUUUCAAAACGGUUUGCUAGUCUAGCCUUACCAGUCUGAGCAGUCAGCUAGUAAUGCUCUAAUCUACUACUUAUAUCAGUUUGUAAACCAAUAUUACUUAAUUAUAUAAUUUCUUAUAAUUUCUUUCUUUUAUUUCCGUAUCUCUGUCAUGCCCUGCCAAGGGACAACGGAUGAAAACUAGCUAACCUAGCUAAUUCUGGUGCAUUUACAUUUUUACAUGUUUAUCAAUGUACACUGUCCCUUUUCAAAUACAAGCAUAAUAAUAAGAACUUUUAGUUGGCCCAUUCAACAUUUCUGAAUUGAUGAAAAUAAUCAAAUGUGAUAAAUAUAUUAACACACGCAUGUAGAAUAAAUUUGCCAUGACUACAUUAUACUUUAGUGCUGUUUGUACUGUUCGACUUGUACACAGUGGUGAAAAUCUGCUAGCAAUUUUGGGGGGGACAAUUAUAUGACAUUUUCUCAAGAGCAAUUCCUGAGGGGGACACCCAAAUUACUGCUGUAACACAUAGCCUACAUUGUAAUAGGGUAAAUGUAUAUUAUCAAUAUAAUUUCAAUAUCCUUAUGUUCACAGUGGGGGGGACCAAUCCUAUUUUUGUGUCCCCCCCGGGAUUUCCACCUAUGCUUGUACACCACUAUUCAAGAUUUAUGAUACCUAUAUGUUGAAUGUAUGCACCUUCAAGGAAGUAACAAUUAAAGCCCCUUUCUGAUUAUGAUUCUGAACAGGAUGCAUCCAUGA